CCUGGCGCCGAGCGCACUGGUAGGUGAGCGCCCUCGCCCAGCGGUUAAAGGCGCGGCCGAGUCGCUGGCGCAGCUGGAGGGGCGCGGGCUCCGCGGGCACCAUGAGACCCGAGGCGGCUGCCGGAGCCCGGGAGGCGCGGGAGCGCGUCUGUCACUGUCCCGGGAACGGUCCCCGGGAACCACCGCCGCCGCGCGGGCCCGAGAGCCCCACACCCUGGAGACCUUGGAUCCUGACACCCCAAGAUGCUGAGCCGAACAGAACUGGAAGCCGGCCUGAGCCUGGGGGUGACCAACAAACUUCUGGAUCAAAGGGAGCCUUUGGGUUCCAGCAUCCUGUAAGACUUUAUUUACCCAUUUCUAAGAGUCAAGAAUAUCUGCAGAGUUCCGGGGAAAAAGUGCUGGCCAGUUUCCCAGUGCAAGCCACGAUUCACUUCUACAACGAUGAAUCCGAUUCAGAUGAGGAGGAGCAAGAGGAAGAAGCCCAGCCCCCCGACCUUCAGUGCCAGGGGACAGAAGGUCCGGUGGAAAACGGCCCAGGGGGGAAGGGCAGAGACCGACUGACAAACCCAGGAUGCAGAUCCGGAGGAUGUGGUGGCCUCGGUGGUAAGGGUCCACUCCCCCACCGUUAUUCUCCAGGGGGUGCUGAGUGCUCCUCAUUCAAAUAAAUCAGGUCUCUCUCCCUUGCCAGACUCACCUCACAUACACUCUUGGGUUCAGCCGUUCCAGGACACUUUGCAUUUCUGCUGGGUCUAGGGAGUUGUGGCUGUUUUGACUAUCUCUGGUCAGCGUUCCACUCAUGGCAAGAACUCAGUUUUCACUUUUCCUGGUCCUGGUGAUUCUUCAAGGCACUCACGAAUUGAGAAAGGAUUCUAGGACCAAGAGAAGGUUUGUGUCAACACGGGUUGUUGUUGGGUAGGGCCAACUUUCAAAGCACAUUGGGCAUUACUCUCUGCCGAUCAAAUCAUUAUUCCAACACAGAUUAAUAACCCACCCAUGCCUCUCACUUAACCUGAGACUCAUUAUUUGGCUAUUUCUGCUUUUGUAAAAAUGAUUUAAAUAAUCCCCAAGGGUUGAUGUGGUUGCUCUGUGGCAUUCUGAAAAACUUUAUUUAUGAAAAACAAACAAAGCAAUGAAUAAUUUCCAUAAGAGUAACAGAAAUAAAAAGAUAU